CAAUAUUUUACUUUUCAAUACGUAUGCUCAUAUGUUAGGGAAUAAUUGGUCAAAUUUGGUAAAUCCGUCCGUGUUUCUGGUAGGCAUCGUCCCUCCAACCGUGACCGAUUCUUCUUUGUCCUUUUCACCCAAGUACCAAGUGAAAAAGUCGCAUUUUUCAGACGUUCCACCAUUCUAACCAAACCUGCCAUGGAUUAAAAUAGGAAAAAUGGCAGAAAAACUGGGUUUAGGUAGCGAAGUUCGGCAGCUGAAGAUAGGCCAGAGUUUCACGAACCCGAAAUCAUCAGCCUUCCAUUCGAUAAAAUACGAUUUCAAGCCAGCCUCGGUCGACACCAACAAAAUAGCCACCGUAGAUGUCGGCAACAACAACCAAGUCACAGUUACCGUACCUCACUUGGAUGGUGCAGGAGUGCCCCAAACAGUAUUCAAAGGCUCGCAGCGGCCCUACCAAAAAGAAUGCGUGCUGAUAAUCGACCGUGCAACGGGCGAAAUAACCUUAGAGAAAUUAACGUGUAAUAUACAAGUGAAAAAGACGCGAAGUGAGUCGGCCAAAGUGCCCCUACCCCAAGCCACCGACCGGUCGGGGACGACGACCACCUCGAUGCGGUCGCAGACGCCCCCCAUAGGCCAGCGCAUUUCGCACAAGACGAAAGUGACCAGUGGGAGUCGCAGACCCGACCGACCCAUCACCCAUCUGGUGCCAAAACACUCGCCCUUGCAUGCGAGUCCCAGUUACCCUUCACCCAAGAGCCCCAAACGGGACGCACACGCCAACGAAUCCCACCAGAGCACUCUAGCGAGUCUACCAAUGAUCGGCAUUGAUGACUUUGACACGCCCCCGCAGAACUCGUGUCCGCCCCCUAACUCGGCCGACAAAUCGCCGUCGAUGUUCCCCCUCUCCGAUCCCGAGACCGGAGUGGGGGAAAUCAGCGAUUCGUCGUCCUCGAGUAGCGACAGCGAAUCGGAUUCGGAUGAUCCAGACAAUACCAUCGUUAAUAAAUUCCCCAAGACCAAUGGGCACAGCAAUGGGACCUCAUUAGCCACCAAAAUAAACACACAUCUCUUGAACGAAGACUUGUGCUUGUCAGAAUCGGGCUCUGAUUCGGACUAAAUCGGCGAGUUAAGGUAAUCGAUAAUUAAAAUAUUUGUUACAAAUAUAUAUUAUGUAUGAUAUUGAUGAAUAUACAUACUGCAAUCUGA